CGUUGACCUCCGGGUGUUCGGUGGUACGCGCGGUCGUUUUGUUAUUGCCGCUCGUAAAUCGUCCACGACGCCGACGACAUGGUCGUUCGUCGUGAAUCUUGUCGUCGUCGCCUACGUCUUCGUCAUCAUCGUCAUCAUCGUCGUCGUCGUCGUCACCGCCGCUGCAGGCCGCCGGACCCGCGGGAAACGCAUAGUGUUUAUGUUUGCCGAGGCGCGUGAAUAUGCGUGCCGCGGCGCUCUCCUCGAACCGGUGGCGCCUUCUUUCAUCGCUCAUUCGCCAUCCCCCUCGGACCGGCUCCGAUGAAACGAAAGAGGAGGGAGCCGAAAGGGGAUGGCUAGAUGAAUGGGAUGGAGAAACGGCAAGGGGUAUCGCGGGGUGGAAGAGAGCUGUGGUAGAGUUACGGUUCAAGGGAGGGAAAAGAGAAACCAGAGAGACUUGACACCUUUCGAAUUUGCCGCCAAACGGCGUAUGUGUGUACAUCGUCGAAUCUCGGCGAGUGGGAGAAGGGUUGCGUUGGAAAUGUAGCGCGUCGAAGGAUACGCCACGCGAAAAUAUGUUUCGACGGGCGCGCAGCGGCGGGCUGUGCGUCGCGGGAAUUCUUUCUCCGCUGCGUUAACCACGUGGCACGGUAAAAACUGGGGGAAACGUGUCAGUCGUUUAUCGAGCGCGAGAGUUCUGUUCGCCAGGACACAUCUAUGCAACCCCCUUACGUCCGGGAGACAAUCGAGAAUAUGUAUUCGAACCGUUUCACAGUGGUGACAAACGUUUAGCGGUGUUUCUCCCGGUGGAAAGUUCGAAGCGAGUCGGGUAAUGUCGCUCGAUGUAUUUCCCGGUUCGCACGAUCGAUCGCGACGACAUAUGGUCAAUGGUUUGUCCUAUUAAUUCCGCUGAACCUAUCAACGGAGGUGUAGCGCCGCGCGGUAGCCUACUCUAGUUCUUCGUAUCACGAAGACCUAAAGAGUGAAGGAGGCGGCGGGGGGGCGUGGAGCGGGUCGGCGAAGGGAGGACAGAGAGAAACAGAAACGCGUGGGCGCGAGGGGAAUAGGUUAUAUCGUGCCGCGGAAAAUCGAUGUUCAAAUGCGCCACCACGUGAUUACGUCCACGACGCCGAAAGCGUUAUCUUCGCGGAUAUACGCUGUCCCGGUAUUCUUUCGCUUGCUCCUUUGAUCGUAAUACAUUCGUGUUUGUGGAUCACUCGGUCGUAACGGGUUUUUCGAGAAUUAGAAAUUACAAAAAGACGAGGUACGCGUCGAAAGAGAAAGACGCUCGCACGUGCGCGCUUGCGUAUUUUCUAAUUAACUCCGGCCGAUUAAUAGGUAAACCGGUAAAACAGUUAAUGAUAGCACCUCGCCGACCGGUCUAGUUUUUACGAGGCGGUAAAUUACAGGUUUCGUGCCGCGUCUACUAUUUUCGGUAUACUAGUUCAUUAAUGAGAGCCAAAGGUGUUUGCUAUAAACUCGAGAUUUGCGCGGACCGUAUUCGAACUCGCGCGCGAUAUUAGCGACGAUUACAGAGAUGGUCGUCAACAAUUCAUGGAACAAAAGCGCGCUGUUCGCUUCUCGAACUGGUUGAAGUAGAACCGGCGAACAUCGAGCGAAAUGCCUUGUGCCGGAGAACUCGUCUUGUUCGGCGCAGCAUUGCGCGGCUCGUUACCCGCGUAAUAACGAGGAAACAUUAAUCUUGCCGUGCAUCCUUAAAGAGCUCUUGCUCAAAGUCAAAUGCAGCACAGGCGAACGCGUCUGUACCCAAAAUGUAUUUACAGUACGACCGUGGCUGUCUCUGCUGUCACGAGCACGCGAAAGUCAAGCCGGCGUAUAAAAGCUUUUAUGAUACCAAUGACGAUGGUACUUCUCGUAAACUGGCUAAUAACUACGAUCCGGAAAAUGUUCAUCGGUGGUCUAUCUUGGCAGACCAGUCCAGAGGGCCUCAGAGAGUACUUCACCAAGUACGGGGACAUCACAGAAGUCAUGGUCAUGAAAGAUCCUACCACGCGACGAUCAAGGGGCUUCGGGUUCAUCACGUUCGCAGAUCCGGCGAGUGUAGAUAAAGUACUGGCACAGGGUAACCACGAGUUGGACGGCAAGAAAAUCGACCCUAAGGUAGCGUUUCCCAGGAGAACACACCCAAAGAUGGUGACGAGGACAAAGAAGAUAUUCGUCGGUGGACUAUCGGCACCGACGACGCUGGAGGACGUCAAAAACUACUUUGAACAGUUCGGCCCGAUUGAGGAUGCCAUGCUGAUGUUCGACAAGCAGACCAACAGGCACAGAGGUUUUGGAUUUGUCACGUUUCAAAGCGAGGACGUGGUGGACAAAGUCUGCGAGAUUCAUUUCCACGAAAUCAACAACAAAAUGGUUAGGUCUAGUUUUGUAGCUUAUUGGACGCAAAAUGGUCCGGUGUUAGCAAAUCAGUGCAAAAAUGAGGGGAUUGCAUCUGGCUCGAUUUAUUUUAUGUGGUCCCUGGGAGCAUUACCUGAUGGUUUCCCAGCGGCGUACGCGGCAUACGCGGCAGGCCGUAGCUAUUCUGGGUACCCUAGUUUCGGACUGCCCUACCCGACAGUGGAUCUAACCAACGGACAGCUCACCCCCAACAACAACACGCCCUUGCUCACGCAAGCACUUUCUGUGAUGAACAACUACCAGGCGGCCGCAGCGCAGGCCGGAUUUCCGCCGGCGUCGCCGCACGCGGCCGGCGGCCACGGUGGGCCACAGAGCCGAUCUUUCCCUGCGGCCAACUCGCCGGGCCCCAUCGACAUGUAUAGCUCAAGCGCCGCAGCCGCAGUAGCAGCCGCAGCCGCGGACUCCGCAGUCGCCAGCUACGUCCAGGCCGCAGCUAGUCCGCAGCCCCCUACGACCGCGUUCCCUGCGAUCGCCGUGUCCCGUGCCCCGCUCAACUACAGUCCCGGUCCUCUGAUACCAGCGGCGUUCACUAAUGGCUACCAUUGAGCCUUGUUAAGACCUAAUAACAGGAUGGACGAGAGGGCAGAGCGCAGCAUGGUCGACUGACGGUACAGUGAGCGAUGUAAAUGCCUUGGAAGAAUUUAUCACGAUAAACGAACUCUGGACGGAGGAGGAUGAGCACCAGCAACAACAAUCGAGAGAGUCGCAAUUUAGACAGGAAUAAUAAGAAGAAGCUUCACAUUCGUGGAAGAGAGUAUGGAAACUUCAAUACCAUCUGCACAUAUACAGAAAAUCCACAUCGGACAGAACAAGAUUACGGAAGGGGAGCAAGAGUUUGACAACAUCGGAGUAACAGAAGAGAAAAGGACGAAGUUGAAAAUACGAAGAGAGAAAGAAGAUAAACAGGAAAUUGUACAUCCGAUCCGUAUCCAGAUUGUAUGCAAAAGAAAACGACAUGCAAGAGGAUUAACGAUGGAAAUGCAAAGGGAGACGCGGAAUGGGCAGAAGAAAGCUGCGUACAGCCGAAUUGGUGGCCGAAACUGCGUAUUGAUGCCCGUUCUCCGACAUUAAUAAUGAAUAAUAUAAUAAUAAUGAAUUAAAUUAAUAUGAUUAAUUGCUAAAUGAUUAAGCGAAUAAGUCUAGAGUAUAUAAAUACUAUAUAUAUAUAAAUAUAUAAAUAUAUAUAUAUAUAUAAAUAAUUGAUAAAUAUUAGACGAUAACGUAUGAUCCUUAGGAUUUAAGACAGACGAAGACAGGAGGGAAAUACCAACUUACAUACGAAUAUUAUAAUUACCGAUUAUAUGUAAUAUAUAUUAUAUAUAUUAUAUAUAUUAUAUAUUAUAUAUAUAUAUAAAAACAUUACACAGAAUUAACAAAAUAAACAAAAGAGGAUGCCGCGAUACACGAAGUUAGCGCGCAUGCGAUGUUGUAUACAUAUAUAUAUAUACACAUAUAUAUUUAUAUAUCUAUAUGUACGUAUAUAUACAUAUAUACAUGUAUACACAUAAAUAUAAAUAUGAAUUUAUAUAAAUAUAAAUACAAAAAAAAUUAUAAUUAUUAUUAUACGCGUGCACACGUUCGCAUCCGGGAAGAACGUUUCCUUCUGAGCUCUCGGGUUUUAGGCGUUUUAGAAGAGGAAGAGGAACGUACGAAGAAUUUUUGACGGGAACGACGUCGUGAAGAGGAGAAG